GAAUUUUGACAAGUCGAGCUGAAAAAGCCCCUUCUUUGGAAGAUCCCUCGUCUAAACUGAUUCGGUGAGCGAGGAUUAUUCGAAGAGGAUGUAGGUGACGCGAGUCCAGCCGUUGGAUUUGUACAGUUUGGUAAUUUUCACCAUGUUCUGAGAAAUUUCUGUGCUUAUCAUUUUCUGAUGGCUAGUGGUCGCUGAGGACGCCAUGCUAUUCAGUGGUGGAUAACGAGCUGCCUGUGCGUCUAUUUACAGAAUCUCCAUUUCUCCUGGUUGUUUCGGAUUUAUUGUGUAAUAUGUUCACGCUGAAUAAUGCUCUUUGAGACUAGCACGGCUUACAAAAUUUGGAUAUUUUGACGAUAUUCUGUGUUGGACUGCACCUGGAGGGAACAUGGCACCUUUAAGCAUGACAUGUUCGAGUCUUGGAGCUGUUUUAACUUUGCUGAUUUGCAUACUAUCUUGUGAAAAUUCACAGGCAUCCGUUGUAAAACGAUGCGUCAUACCGCAUAAUGUGGAGCCAGGCCAUAUUGUGACGGCGUUAUCAAAUAUCGGGCAAAGAUACAGCAUAGUGCAUAGAUCAGAACAGUCGCUAAAGAAAGGCAAAGACUACGCAAGUUAUUUUACCGUACUAAGUAAUGGAGAUCUAGUCACCAACCAAGCCAUAAACGAAUUAGUCGGGAAAAUAUUUUCGCUGACGAUAGACAAUAUGUUCCCGGGCGGGAAGUGGCAGGAUGUGGUUCACAUCCAUGUCCAGGAUGCCAGUAAUUUGCUCGUCUUCCCGAAACAAAAAUAUAUCGGGCACAUCUCGGAAAAUAUGCCCAUCGCUACUUCAGUGCAGGAAUUGGAUGAUCUCUACGCCAUAGCGAAAUACGGCAACAAGAAAAUAGUAUACUCAGUAUCGUCUGGAGAUAGCAAUAUAUUUGACUUAAAGCAAAGAAGUAUCAACGGUGCUGACCGCCUAACGGUGGUGACAAAGUCGCAGCUGGAUCGUGAGGAGAAAAACGAGUAUGACCUCGUCAUACAAGCAACGGACGAUGACGGUGACGUCGCAGCAACUGACAUAAAGAUCUAUGUUGACGAUGUCGACGAUAAUAUCCCAAGUUUUGAAUCUACGCUGUAUAAAGCUACGAUUCCGGACACGACCGCACCGGACACGCUGAUUCUAUUUGUGAAGGCGUCAGACCCGGAUGAACAGCAACUUGGGUAUUUGAUGAAGUCCCCAAAUCAUUUCUUUCAAGUCAUCCAAGAAAAUGGUGCGGUCGUGCUGAAGACGAACCUUCUGUUAAAACCCGACGUGUAUAGCUUCGAUGUUGUUGCAGUCGAUGCAGCGGGUCAUGAGAGCGAUCCCGCUCGGGUCGCUGUAACCGUGACGGGCAACCUAAUGUAUCAACAACCCACAGAGUUCAACGAAAAAAUCCUUCAUCGUUCGAAGCGUGUUGUCAGACGGCCCUUCACUGUAAAUGUAAAAGAGAACCAACACGGACAAUUAUUCUACGCCGGCAGGGCGGCCGAUGGAGAGAAAUUUGAAUUUAUCGAGCCGGUUUAUGAAGAAUUUAGUUUGGAUUAUGACAACGGCGCGGUAUGGUUGCGACCCGGUUUCAAGUUGGAUUACGACUUUUCGAAACGACAGUACGACAUUCGAGUCAACAUCACGAAGCCUUCGGAUCCAUCAUUUUCCGACAUCCAAGAGAUCAACCUCCAAGUCACGGACGUCAACGACGAGCCGCCAAUCUUCACCAACAUGCCAAAAGAGAUGGUGGCCGCCGUCGACAUGAAUGCCUUCGAAGGUCACGUUGUCUACGAACUCCACGCGGCAGACCGGGACCUAAACGCAUCCAUAAGAUAUUACAUCGUCUCAGGAUCUCAGAAUUACUUCACCGUUCACCCCCAGUUUGGCACCAUCACCCUCAUCAGGAAAGGCAUCUCCCAGAACCACUUCAAGUUCACGUUGGCCGUCAUGGCAAAGGAUGUGGCGUCGUACUGGCCCCAGAAUGUUACCGAUCGACUGACCAUCUACGUCGGCAAACUCGACCCGCAGUUUUAUUUGAACUUUUAUGAUGUGACAGUUCCUGAGAUGUCCAAAACGGACAAAGUGGUGACCCAGAUCAAGGCGCGAUCGUUUCAAAGAGAAACACUGACGUACCGUCUCAAGACGGAAUCCGGCGCAAACUCGACGGAUUUCUACAUCAAUGAGACUACGGGAAAUGUCUACGCGUAUCGGGAAUUCCGCUACGAAGAACGGCCGCGGUCAUUCAACCUGAUGGUAUUUGCUACGGAAAACCCACUGUCAGGCGAGAGAAGAACAAGCCGAGUGCCGCUCCGCAUCAACGUGACUGACAUCAACAAUCACAUCCCAAGUUUCCCGCUGUCGUCGUACAUCAAGGAGAAUGUCUCGGAGGAUAUACCCAUUGGUACAGAGAUAUUGACAGUUGCUGCCAGUGACUAUGACGGCGGGCCAAAUGGCCGGCUCACCUACACCGUAAGCGAUGACCAUUUCUCUGUGCGAAAUGCCGACAACAGGGGUUACAUCAAAGUUGCCAAACAACUUGACUAUGACCGAAUCCCCGAACACGCUUACAAUUUCCGUGUAUACGCCACAGACGGUGGGAAGAAUCCGUUGACGGGAAGUACGAGCGUACAAGUAAUUAUGAGAAAUAUUAACGACGAACGACCGCAGUUUCCGCUGAACGUAUCUUACCAUAGCGUGGAUGAGGACGCCCUACCAGGAACGACGGUCGCGGUCGUGCAAGCUAUCGAUAUUGACGGCAGUUCCAUCUCGUAUAGCUUUGAUAAGGGAGAAACAUCCGACAUUUUCCGCAUCAACCCCGUCAGCGGCAUGAUCGUCCUGGAGAAAAUGGUCGAUGCGAAUCGCGACUUCUACACCUUGAAUGUCUUCGCCACGGAUGACGGAAGUUGUGUCCCUUGUACCUCGGUGACGAAACCGUUGUCGAAUAACGCCUCGAUAAUCGUUGAAGUCAUGGAUAUAAACAACCAUCGGCCAGACUUCCCGGAUUGUCGACGAUAUGCGCCGGUCGUGAAAGAAGAACUUGAUCCGGGCGCAAGAGUUACCCAAGUGAAGGCAAAAGAUGAAGACAGUGGCAGCAAUGGCAAGAUCAUCUACUCUAUCGUGUAUCCACGCCACGAAGACAAGUACUUCCUCAUCAACAACACCACCGGUGAAAUAUUCACAAACUACAAAUUCAAACGCGAGGGUUCGAAAAAGGCAUACAGCGUGACGGUGAAAGCUGAAGACAGGGGGCGGCCGAGUUUAGAGGGCGUCUGCUCGUUUCAGGUUCACAUUCUGGACAUAAAUGACCACGUGCCGGAAUUUGACAAAGCAAAAUAUUUCCAUACCAUGAUGAUGGAUACAGCGCCAUCUGUGAGCAUUUUACGAGUUUAUGCAACCGAUCGGGACGAGGGACAGAAUGCCCAGGUGCGGUAUCAUAAGACGUCAGAUGAUUGCGGGAAUUUUGCAAUCAAUCAGAUCAGCGGUGUGAUAUCGUUGGAUCGGACCUUUCCUGCACCUACCAUCUGUAAUCUGACAAUCGAAGCCCGCGAUCUCGGACAGGAACCGCCACCCGAGCGAUGGCAGGUUGCCAAGGUACAAAUACAAGUGAAUAGCUCCGAGCAGCAGCCGCCACGGUGGUUAAUUGACGACGGGACGAGUUUUCAGAUCGAGGAGUUGACCCCUCAAGGUCACACUGUCGUGACCUUGGCCGCGAUGCCCCCGGUUUCUGGACAGCUUGUUUCAUUCGAUAUUGUCUCCAUCGACGGCAAUGAUUUCUUCUUCACGCCAUCUGGUAGCAGCGAUGUGCAACCCUUCCGAACCUUGACGCACACAGAUAAAAACGAGGUGGAGCUGAAGGUCAACUCUCCGAUGGACUAUGAGAGCAUCAAGGAGUAUAGGGUUAAACUGAGGGCAACAGUGGGUGACAAAAGUUCCGAACUCUUACUCAACAUUUCACUGCAAGACAAAAAUGACAACGCGCCAACUUUUACCAGCUACAACAGUCUUCUCGGCAACUACCAGGGGAGUAUUGGUGAAAACGUCCCAGCGGGAAAGUCGGUCAUUCAAGUUACCGCGUAUGACUUGGAUACGGAACCCGCAUUCAAGACGGUAACUUACCGGCUGCAGAAAACUGCAGAUUGGAAAGAUUUCCGGAUUAAUAAGAAGACUGGGGAGAUUUUUAGUAAUAAGGAGUUUGAUCGGGAGACUAAGGAUGAGUAUCGCAUCACAGUUAUUGCAGAGGAUGGGGCACCAUCGGAUGCUGGAAGUGAAGGCCCGAAUGUUGAUUUCAAGGGUGUCAUCAUCGCCAUCGCUGAUCAGAAUGAUAACGCCCCCUAUUUUGAGAAGCCAUCAUACAACACGACAAUAUCAGAAUUAGCGGACAUCACAAGUUCUGUCAUCACUGUCACUGCAAAAGAUUCUGAUUCGACGGCCAAGUUGACGUAUUCGAUAGUUGGCGGAAAUAAACACAAUGUGUUUGGUAUCCGGGAAGGUGUUGGCGAGAUUUACGUGGCACAAUCUUUAGAUUAUGAUACUGAUCCAAAGGUAUACAAUUUGAAGGUGCGAGUGUUCGACGGCAAGUACUACAACGACACCAUCGUCCAGAUCACACUGUUGAAUGAAAACGACAACCCUCCUGUGUUUAACCCGGCAUUCUAUAUGGUCAACAAUGUUAUAGAACACGACGUGCCACCACCAGAAGGAAAGUUUCUUGUUCAGACCCAUGCGAUUGAUGUUGACGCUGCAUAUACGAACAUCUACUACGCCCUCAGCGGAGCUGAUGCGAAUGAAUAUUUCAAGAUUGACGGCCAAGGCAGGCUCUUCCAAAUCAAAGAGAUUGACCGUGAGGCACCUGAUAGCAGCGUACGACUCUGGGAGUUCAACGUUCUAGGCACUGAUGAGAGGUUGACGGGUUACGCCGUGGUGACUAUUGAGGUGCAGGACAUCAACGAUAAUGCGCCCAUCUUUGUCAAUUCACUGCUGAAGGGUUAUCUGAAAGAGAAUGCUGGGCCCAAUAUUGAAGUGCUGAAAGUCGAGGCCAAGGACAGCGACAAGGGUGAAAACCAGACCGUCUAUUAUGAGAUUCUGGAGCAAGUCCCUCGUGUAGGUCGGCGCAACCAAAUGGCGUUUGAAAUGCGUGACGACACGUCUGGACGCAUCUAUACCAGGUUGAGUGGGAUCGAUCGCGAGGAUAACAUCGAUCAGUUUAAGCUGAUUAUCAGGGCGAGGGAUGGCGGACGACCGGCCAAAUCAACGACUGCCACUGCUACCAUUAUCAUUAUGGAUGAAAACGACAACGCCCCCCAUUUCACCAAGAAAAACUACGAAAUUGAAAUUCCCGAAAACAUGAUGAAUGGCACGACUUUCCAUACUGUGUCAGCUACGGACAAUGAUUUCAGCUCGCAGGGCCAUCUGACGUUCAGUUUAGACGAAAACAGUCGCAAAACGUUUAGCAUCCAGAGUAUCUAUGUGACGGAUACUGGUGUACUGCAGGUUUAUAACAUGACGCGCCUGGAUUUUGAGAAGCCUCAGUUCCGCCGUUUUGUCCUCGAUCUCAAAGUUACUGACGGCAAGUUCACGGACACUGCCCGAAUGAUCGUGAAAGUCAUGGACGUGAAUGAUAAUAAGCCCAUCUUUCGGGCCAAUGCCUCGACAACCAUGUACGAGAACAAACCAGUCGGGACAAAGAUUAAGACUUUUGUGGCGACAGAUGCUGACCAAGGACAGAAUGCCUUGUUUGAUUACAAAAUCGACCCUGAAACUGAUCCCUAUGGAAAUUUGAAUAUUGAUCGAUAUGGCCGGGUGACAGUUGUCAAGCCGCUCGAUCGGGAGCAAUGGACGUCCGAUGCAAAACGCAAGGCAAUGAUGACAGCUAGGAUAUUAGCCGUUGAUAAAGGUUUCCCACCCCAGACGGGCUCCUCCUCGCUGACCAUAACGCUUCUCGACGUCAAUGAUAAUUUCCCCAAGUUUGCCUACAUAUACCAUCCAGUGAUCGAUGAGAAUGUUGAACCACCUGCGUUUAUCGUAUCCGUCCAUGCCAAAGAUCCGGACAACGCAACAAAUGGUCCGCCGUUCGUGUUUUCGGAACCUGCUGAUAGUCCAACCAGGGAAUUCUUCACCUUACAGUUCAUCCAAGGUGGCGACAAUGGAAAUGGCGCAGGCGACAUCAAGACGAAGGCAAAAUUCGACCGUGAGAAACAGAAGUAUUAUUACAUGCCGAUCAUCAUGACGGACAGACAAGGUCUGAGCGGAACGAACACACUGACCAUCACAAUCGGGGAUAAGAAUGACAACAUGCAUCAGCCAGGACACAAGAAUAUCGAUAUCUAUAACUAUGAAGGCUGGAAAGCGGGGAAAUUCCGUGCAACAUUUAUCGGCAAUGUCUACGCUCAAGAUUACGACGACUGGGACUUACCGGACAAGACGUUUGAAUUUGUUGGAGACCCACCUCCCUACUUCAGAGUUGAUCGAGGUACGGGUGCCCUUCACUUGACCUCCUAUCUGCCCGAAGGUCGCUACGACAUGGAGUUUAAGGUCACUGACAACUACUACCACAUGUCGGUCAUCUCGACUGUGACGGUCAUCUCCAGGAACAUUCCUCAGGAGCCUGUGUAUAAUGCAGGCUCAUUCAGGAUAACAGGUGUAACAGCAGAGGAAUUUGUUGACCGGGAUCUCCCUGACUCUUCCAAGCCCAACUUCUACCAGCCCAGUCUCUACAUGCAGUUCCGUGAGAAGAUUGCCAAGAUACUAGAGACUCAGUUGGAUUUUGUCGAAAUCUUCACAGUGAUGAACUGUAAAGGUGAAAAGGGCAAGUGUGUUGACGUGAGGUAUUCGGCGCACGGAUCCCCAUACUACAAGCCUGCAAGGAUGAAUGGAGUGUUCGACCAACACCGGGACACUUUCAACGAAAUCCUGCAGGAGAAGAACCCUGAUGCCAUCCUCGCCAUGGUACCUGUCGAUCUCUGCAUGAACGAGGUCUGCGAGUCUGGAUGUUCGAACGUCUUGACAAUCGGUAGAAGACCACACGUCAUCAAUACAAAUGGCAGCACUCUUGUUGGAAUCAAGUCGUUCGUCGAGGCCAAGUGCCAGUGCGAGGCGCGUAAAGUGUCAAAAGAUGUCAGUAUCUGCACAGCGGGUUCUUGCUUCAAUGGCGGGGUCUGCAAACAACUGGACGAGGGAUUUAGUUGUGCCUGCCCCCCCGGAUUUGACGGUCCUCGCUGCCAACAGACUAAGCGGCAAUUCAAUGGAGAUGGAUGGGCAUGGUUCCCACCACUCAAACAAUGCCUACAAGGUCACACGUACUUAUCGUUCAUGACGCGGGAAGAUGGUCUACUCCUAUAUAACGGACCGAUGCGAGUUCCCUCAAUGUCACAACCCACGGAUUUCAUUGCCAUCGAGAUUGUCAAUGGCUACGUCCGUGUGACGGUCGAUCAUGGUUCCGGCCCGAGCUCCGUCACCGUCGGUGGCAGACGUGGUAGUGCUUCGAGGGCGCCACCAGUUACUGAUGGAAAGUGGCAUCGGGUGGAUAUCUUCAGACAGGCAAAUAAGAAAGACAUCACUGGUUUGGGUGAGGCAGAGAGUGGGAAUUUCGCACAUAUUGUGCGGGUCGUCGUCGACAGCUGUAAGGACGCCCCGAUAACGGAAACUGGUCAAAGCAUCCAGGACCGAAACUCGUGUGAGCGAUUCAUGGAGACGCCGGGAUCACACAAAUUCAUCAACGUGAACCAGCCGCUGCAACUCGGUGGAAGGAAGAAUCUGUUGUCACCAUUCCCCGGGAGUCUCGUGUCGAAGGGGUUCAAGGGAUGCGUUAAGGAUCUGGUUCAUGAUGGCGAGCUUUACGAUCUUUACAUUGGAGACAUUGGUGAGCAGGAUGGGAGUUCUGAUGGCUGUCCUGAUGAAGAUGUCUUCUGUGGUGGGAACUCCCCAGUGGGCUUGCAUUGCGUCAAUGGAAAGUGUGUGUCAAAUUUGGUUGGCCAGCUUAGCGAUGGUGUGGCUUUCAAAUGCAUCUGUGACCCCGGUUGGAAGGGACAUCUUUGCAAUACAAGAACAAAGGAGAUUAAUUUCAACGACAAUAGUUACAUCAACUGGAAGUUGUCGCAGGUUCAUCUGAUGGACCAUUUUACCUCAGACAUACAGAUCAUGUUCAGGACUCGCCAGAGAGACGGUGUGUUGAUGUACUUCAAGGGACAGUACAGUACGAGGGAGUUUAUGAUGCUUAGGGUGAACGAGUACCGCCUUGAGUUCCAAUACAACCUGGGCAAUCUCGCCGACAAGGAAUUAUCGCUUUACUACGUGAAUGCCUCCAAUGGAGAAUGGCACACUGUCUACGUGCAGCGGUUUGGGAAAGCGAUCACUCUGAAGAUGGACAUCGGCGAAGGACGGUUCUAUAACCAUACAUCAGGAGAUACGCAUGAUCACCAGAUUACCAGGUUGGAUGGGACGGUGCUUGGUGGUGCUGAUGAUUAUAAGGACAGUUGCUUGAAGGAUCCUCGUUAUAACAACGGCUGGUUUCCUGUCGACAGGGUCAUAGAGAAGUCCCCCUAUGCAGAGAUAGUGGAUGUAAAGAACGUCACUAUGGGAUGUAAAACAUCUUCUUGCAUUGGGAAGUAUUGCAUUCAACCAUUCAUGUGUGUUGACAAGUGGCGUCUCCAAGUGUGCGAGUGCCCAGCAGGAUACUACGAAGGUUUUGACAACUCGAGCCACUCCCCGGUCAGGACGUGUUUCAACGUCAGCGAAUGCCUCAGCAGUCCGUGCCUGCACGGAGCAUGUUUCGAUCGCGUCAACGACUACCACUGCGAGUGCGAGUAUGGCUGGGAGGGGAAAAACUGCGGGCAGAGGCAGGAGAAGAUCAUGGCAUCACUCAGCACUGGAGCUUUGGUUGCCAUACUUGUGUGCUUGUUCUUGCUGAUGCUUCUGGUCCUAGCGUUUGUCAUCUACACCCGCCGACGCCGCGAAGAUGACAAGUAUAUCUUGGAAGUCGAUCCUGAUGAUGACGUCCGUGAAAAUAUUGUUAAUUAUGACGAGGAAGGUGCCGGGGAAGAAGACCAUGAUGGGUAUGAUCUAACCCGCUUACGCAAACCAGAGGAGCCAAAUAAACCUAAGGUGGAAAAAGUUAAACUUUUAACAAAUGCUGCUAAGCCCGCACCACCUCCAAGAACGACCCCUGUGACACUUCCUGCAACACAGCCCAAACCGCAAACGCAGACUCAACCAAGUCAACCAACGAAACCACACCCACCGGUGGACGUCGGAGAAUUUAUUAAGAAUCGUCUUAAAGAUGCGAACAAUGAUCCAAACGCGCCCCCUAAUGACAGCCCACAUGACUAUAAUUACGAAGGAGGUGGCAGUACCGCCGGGUCGUUAAGUUCUUUAAAUUCAGACAAUUCCGAAAAUGAUCAAGACUAUAACUUUUUGAAUACCUACGGGCCGCGAUUUAAUAAACUAGCCAACAUGUAUGGCGGUGGAGAGGAUGAUUAGUGCGCUCUGUUUAUUUGAGGUCGGUAGGAAAUUAUCGUUGAGCAGUCUAUUGAGGGGCUGACUGCAGCACGAUAGAUGGAUGGAUAUGACACUAAUGGGGAUUUUUCCAGCUGAGAUAUGAAAGAGAAUGAUGCUGUCAGGAGUGUUUUGUGAUGAGAACAUAGAAACGAUCGCAUAUGAAAUGAUUCUCUUCGUACGCAAAAGUUACCUGCAGUUGUCGCAAAGAGCGAUUUUCUAACGGUCGGCUGAUGUAGCGAGGGAUGGCAUUCCAAAACUGGUGCAGAUUUUUAAACUUGAGAACCUCAACGUUCAGAGGGCAUCACAACUUUCAAAUUUUGAAUGUGUUCGGAUAUGAAGCAGCUGCAGAUUUGUUGAGCCUAUUAUCCAAAAUUGUGCCUGGUUUCAAAACGACAUCUGCGAUUGGCUAUUAGAGGAUGAAAUCGACAAAGAGGAUUAUUCUGUGUGAAUAAGUAUAGUGAGCAAUAUGGUGCAAAAAGGAUUUGGCGACAAUAUUAUAGACGGAUAUUUCUCUGUUCCGCAUGUUCUGAAUGAUUUUUUUCAACAAUGUGCCAACUGUUCUCAUACUUUCUGAUGCUUUUAUAGAGACUUGUUGUGGCAAAUAGCGUUUAUGACUUCUUGACUGGGAAAUUAUUGUGUUAAUUUCGGGACGAGAUUUUGAUUCAUUACGUACGUAUGUGGUGCUGUCAUGAUAAAGUGAAUAAUGCGAUCUCUUAGAAAUUCUGACGACGGAGGAAUGGUAUGCAUGACAUUAUAUCGGUAGAUUUGAUACAGAAUCCUGAGAAUACUCAAAAAAAUAUCUUGAGCUCUGUUGGAAUAGACAGAUAACGGCACAUCAGUCUAGAUUGGCAUUUAUAUUUCCAUAAAUAAUAUUGCAUCGUUUGUAGAUCCUGUUGUACUUCCUACCUACAUGCCACAGAUGCCAUAUUUACUGCUGAAAGAUUUUGCAGUGUUGCGGUUGGUCAUCAUUUCGCUAAAAAAGUAAACAUUUUACAAAUUGAAGAAGGUGACUUUGUGUUACACAAAAUGUUAGAUACUUUACAAUGCUGGAAUACUAUUUAUGAUGCGAAAAGUAGCUUUUUCAUCACCUGCAAUUACAGUGAUUUUUACACGAAUAUCAAAGUAUCGACAUUGAUCAAGGCAAAUUCAAUUAAAGCAACUACACAAUUUAUAACGCAUUAAAUAUACAUGUAGUCAAUGAGGAGAUUUCGGGGCUGCUCAGUUUUGCUGAUUUUACGCUUGAUUCCUUCAUCUUGCAAUAUCAAAGACUUCCUUUGUCAACAAAUGGUCAAGAUUAGGGGUCGAUUUGAAUAUUGAGAAAUGGUCUUAUAUCAGUGGAACUAGAGUAUCUACAUUUGUAAUGUAAUGCAAAACAUUUGAAAUCUAUAGGCCUAAGGCACGCUUGCCAAUGCGUGAUUGCAUAAACAACACGAUUGCAAUUAAAGUGUUUAUUUUCACCAUUUAUUUUCUUAAAAUUCAUAUAUCAUUAUUUCAUGCAUACAUUAUGUCAUAUUCUUUGUCAAGUUGAGGUGAGCUUAAUUUUCAAUUUAACUUUCAGACUGGAGGAAUAGAUUAGAGAUUAUAAAAAAACAGAAGUAAAGGAAUUAUUUUCAACAACUUGAUUAAGAUGCCAAUAAAAAAAAUUACGGCCUACCUGCUUCUCAUGCAAAUUACAUUGUGCAGGCUAUCGAAAUACAGUAGAAACUUUGUACAAGGACCCCCUUGAGAGUGACAAGUGCUGUCCUUAAUAGAGAGGUUUCCUGAUUAGAGAGGUAAAUGUUCAAUGGCAACAACCAGUUUGGAAAUUAAAGACGUGUCCUUGAUAAAGUAGGUGGCCUUAGUAGAGAGGUGUCCGGUAAGGGAGGUUCCACUGUACAAUUUAUGUUUUAAAAAUAUUUCUCCAGUCGUCGGAAGGUUGAUGUCAUCUCUAUUCUGCCAGAUCUCACUACAUAUUAAUCUAUAGUCAUCAAUAAUAUAUUACUCUCGUCAAAUCUGGUAAAGUUAACAUGAAAUGAAUUUAGUUUAGCGCCAUUGGGCUACAAAUCGGCUACAAUCUUCCUUUUUAACUUAUUUCUUACUGAAUUUUUGUAUGAUGUGUAGAUUUGAGAAUUUUAUUAAGACAUUGUAAGAUGUGAACAUAUCAACUUAUACUGGUUUUAUCGUGGAGAGCAAUGAUCGAUGUAUUUGUAUGAAUAUGUUUGAACUUCAGGCCAAGCUUCUGAGGUGGAGAUCUGCAUGGAACAUGUUGAAUAAGCAUUUAAAGAUUCACAACUUUGGGGGGCUUCCAUUACGUUUACAGGCCCUUAGAACCAAAUUUGAACAAUUCAGGUCCUCCCAAGAUUGGGCCUAUUGAUCUGUGAACCUAAUUCCUAAACGGAUAGUCGGGCAUUAAUAUAAUCGGGUAUCAGCUAGCUGCUCGGACAUUGGGCGGGUUAGAUCAAAUGAUGGACAGUUGGUGAUAUGACCAACACUGAUCAACAAAUGAUAAACUCGUUAUUUUUCUGCCAGUUUUAUAAUAAAACAAGCUAUUUGUUAGAAAAAUACAUUUGUAGGAAAAUUGUCUAGUUCCCAAAAGCAUCACAGCAAAAUGUUGUAUGCUUUUUUCUUUCGUGACUGGACGAUCACACAGCUGAUUUGCUUAUCUGAGGAUUAUAAGACAAAAUCUUGAUAAUUCGUACCGCUCAAAAGGUGUUUUAGAGCUGUACGAAUGGUUUAAUGUUCAAGGGGCUGGUAAACGUAAUGUUCAAGCAGAAUAAUUAGCGCACACCGUUAUUGUGUAAUACGAUAUGUACUUAAAAGAUGGCGCUCCAACUUUCCAUCUGACUAUGCAUUCCAUUCAUUCUCGUGACCACUUUUAUAUACUAACUCGUGAACUAUUGGUAGGAACUACAUUCGAAAUAAUGCUGUGACAGUGAGUAUAAACACAAGGCCUACUAUCAAGAAUAUAUAGGCCUACGGUGAUGAAUGUGCAACUGCGAAAAAUAAUCAAAUAUGAAAUAUUGUGACAGUUCAAAAAACUCGAAAAUUAUUGUCCUCGUGCUUCGGAAAUUUUGUCGUCUAUUUUAAGUCAUCGUCUAACCUUGUAUCUAGUAUUUCAAAUCUACUAGUGGUAGUGCCCAAGGUAAGUGUGAAGCCUACUGGGUACAAGGUAGGACUUCUUUUUGGGGACAAACUGUACAUAGCAUUUUAAUUAUUCAAUUAGCUACAUUGUUUUAUUCGCCUUCAUACUUCUGAUGAAUUGACGACAUGAAGAAAAAUGAAAAGGUUUGAUUGAUUGAUUAUUUCAGAAGUUACGUUUAUUGGGCAUGUUGGGGGUUGAAGUUAAGUGAAAAUACAUUUCAAGGUGCCCUGUUAACUGUUUUAUCUUUGUUUAGUGAAUUCUCAUUUGCACCAGCAUGACAGUUUUGAAUAACUCACCGGUGAUUUAAAGAAGUAGAUAUUCGUAUUUUAUUUUUUUGAAAAUAGAAUCAAUUCCACUAAGUUUUGAUUUAUUAUAGAGGGCUCAUGCUUUUGGUUAUAGUGCUUAUAUCUAACAUGUCUUAUGUCAGGGAGUGUGGGGUCUGGGUUAAAACACUAAAAAGAAUUAUAUCCAUUGGCUUCAUAUGCAGUCAUUUUGAAAAGUCUAACAUGUCAAACAUUGUCUAAGUGUGCAGAAGAAGGUUGCUUAAUUCAGUUGUCAAUUUCUCAGAAUUAUGAGGCAGAUUUUCAGGAGAUGUCAUAAAAAUAUUUGUUAAAAGUCAAGAAUCAAAAUUAGAAAAAUUAGUUAUGUCUUGUACGUGACAGUGUGAUAUUAUGAUUCGUAAGAAAUUAAUGGUUAGGAUUUUGUGCUACAUUGUACAUGUACAUUUAAUUUAUAAAAUUAGUGAAAAAAUAAUUUGUUGUAAAUGAGAUGUAAUAAAUAUCCAGUUUGGUAUAAGAGAAGGAAAAUCACCCUGUUGGGUGAGUUCCUUCUCUAAGCUUAUUUGGAGAUUACAUUUAGACCUUUGCUCUUUCCUUUAACACGCUCACUUUACAAAGUCUUUAUAUUUUUGCUUGCUCGCCAACGUAACAAUUCCAAGAGUUUUAGCAAUAGCAAUCUGAAGUAUUUUGUUUCUCAGCUUGCCGAGGGAUUAAUGGAGAAUGAAUGUUUGCCAUGCUGCUGUGGUGGAUUUAUCCAGAUUCAUCAUGUUCAUGUGAAAUUUCUUGCUCAUUUAUCAAGCAAUAUCUGGCAUGCCAUAUUGCCCGAGGCAGCUCUACGAGUUUUCAGUUGCUUAAAUCAUGGGGGUGAUUCAAAUUUUAAAAGUACCAGUUACGAGCCACAAUAUAUUUGCUGAAAUCUUUUGUGUACAAUUUUUAAAGGGUUUAAAGGCACUCCUUCCAGUCCCUUUCACUCCAGUAAUUUGCCAGCCGCAAAUAAUUCCCACAAGUCUAUUGUGACCCCUUACACUAUUUCAAAUCGUCACCUGUGUAGCUGCAUGGGUUAAUGAAACGAAAAUCUGCAAUCAUUCUGAUACCUACUCAUUGACAUCUUUCCUUGCUAAAACAUGUAUAUUAAUGGAAAUGAAUGUAGCAAACUAUGUCAGGAUCCACCCCAUUUCUUUGGCAUUUCUUGACAUUCCUCGUCAAGCUGGGCAACUAAAUGGUUCAGAACGGAUAGGAACAUGUGUUAUUGUACAUAUUUAUAUAUGAUUGAGGUAUCUAGGCAAGGGAUAUUGCUGCUUAAUGUUUGUACAGUUUAUUUUGUGGUAAGGUACAACAAUUAAAGAUGUGGACAAUUUUCUUUUUGCUUUAAGCUGCUUAGAAGUCAUUAGGUUGAAUUGACAAAAAUAGCACGAUAGGUGCAUUUUAAUCUGCUUCUUGCUUAGCUUUGCAAGUCUUCAACUUUUGGAAAUAUUGUAGGGAAUUUCCCUGAAAUUUAUUCAACCCUGCCGCUGCUUCGAUAAUGUUCAAGAGAGACAGCAUAUUUUCUAAAAGGUAAACCCGGCCAGCCUAAUGUGCUAUAUUGAAGAUUUUCACUGUUUUCCCCAUAAAAGGAAUAAACAAUUUAAUUUUGUGGAAUAAUUCCUUCAAGGGUUAAGGCUACUACCUUGUCAUCUCUUUUGAACGCGUUAGGUAGAACAGACUUCAAAUUCAUCAAAAAAUCAUAUGGGCGCAUAUACUGAACAGAGUUCUAGAGAUUUUAGUGUAAUUGACACAAACUAAUAGCAAAAAAAGGCCAAGAAAUAAACUGUAAAAUUCAGAAUUUUCAUUGGCGAUUUAUUCUUUGAAACGCCUAUUUUGGCGUGACAAUUUGGCGGUUCACAGUAAACACAAUUUCUAAUUUCUAAAUCGUCGUUGGUAUUGUGCAUGAAAAGGGAAAGAAUUAAUUUAAUAUAAUAAAUAAAAUUGUAAUGUAUUUUGCUGAUUGUUAUUGUCCUUCACAGUUGGUAAUUGCUGCACUCCUCUAAAAUUGUUUAAAAACGUUUAACGUUUUUCGUCAUUUAUUCAUUUGUAACCACGGCAACUAAAAUAUACAAUUUCCAUGUCACUGACACGAAGCAGAACGGAUGUCAAUUGUGAUUAGGACUGUAUCUCGAGGUAUAGAAAUAUAAUUCUUUCCACAAUUGAAUAUAAGCCGUCUCUCCAAUUGAACUAUAGGCAAUGGAGGCAAUCAAGUUUCGAAAGUAUUAUACAAUGCAGCUCAUCUCAAGAGUUAGAUAUUGAUGGUCAAUUCCUAGAUCGUCCAAGCUGUUAUUAUGAUUAAUGAGCCUAUGAUCAAAUUGACUUCCAUAUGCUGUUGGAGAGUCUUGAAAUUGUCCUCUCCCCACUAUUUUGUUGAUGCUCACAAAACUUGCAAAUACUGCUUCGAAUGCGGCACAAGUUGUCUUAGAGUAAUCCAAUAAAAUGAUGACGCCAGUGUGCCACUUUUUGGUCCAAAGAUACUUUGAAGUAUUACCAGCAAGGAAUAACUUCCAGCUUCAGCAGGGUGAAGGGAGUUUUUUAGAAAUUUUUGGUUCUUGUAUGCUUGUCUUUGGAGUAAGCUUUGGCGAAGCUGGACAAUUUAAUAGAGAACAGAAAAACACUGACUGGUUUUGCUGACUUUCUUGUUCUCAAUUUUGUUGCCCGUGUGUGCCUUAAACUCCCUGCAAAUGAGCAGUUCAAAUCGCUGAGACAUCCAAAAACACUAGUCAUCGGUGGUUGUCGCAGGUGCUUGGUAUUUUAAAUCAAAGGAACCUGUCAGUGAUAAUAUCAAACCUGGGAAUUUCUUGUUUUACCUACAGAAGAGAUAUCUCAUUGUGCACAUACGAAUGUAGUAGGUUGCAGUGACAAAAAUUGCUCGUUUGCAUGGCGCUAAACUUCAAGCCGUAGGUAGAAGGAGGAAAUUACUGUUUUGGUCCUGGUCAUUCCCAAAAUCUGGGAACAUUCCUAAAUUUUGAAAUGGCUACGACUUAUAUCUCUCGGGUUAUAUCCUGUAUGUCUGGGCAACAUUCCAAGACUCUAAGAUGUACAUACUUCUGUGCUGAUAAUAGGAACUUGCUUGAAACCCAUGAUAUUGUAAAUGUUAAUAAUUCAAUGAUGUAUAUUGUAUAGACCUGUUCAGGAAAAGAGUUUGGUGAAGAUUUUCAUUUCUGUCAUUAGAGAUUGAUGUUGAAUGAUUGAACAAGCUUUAGCUAAAAUCAAGUCAAUUGACAGAACCAGCAUUUGAGUAUCAGGCUAUUAGGCAAAAAUAACAUAAAUUGCUGACUCUGCUGAUGAAUACUGCCUCUAAUUAGCUAAUUAGGCCAGAUGGAUACUGCCUCCAAUUAGCUAAUUAGACCAGAUGGAUACUGCCUCUAAUAAGCUAAUUAGGCCAGAUGGAUACUCUGCCUCUAAUAAGCUAAUUAGGUCAGAUGGAUACUGCCUCCAAUUAGCUAAUUAGGCCAGAUGGAUACUGCCUCUAAUUAGCUCAUUAGGUCAGAUGGAUACUGCCUCCAAUUAGCUAAUUAGGCCAGAUGGAUACUGCCUCAAAUUAGCUAAUUGGGCCAGAUGGAUACUGCCUCUAAUUAGCUAAUUAGACCAGGUGGUAUUGCCUCUAAUUAGCUAAUUAGGCCAGAUGGAUACUGCCUCCAAUUAGCUGCUGGAAAUACUAAUAGUAAUACUGUAUCAAAUGCUUUUCCUGAAAAGGUAAACUUUGUGUAUAAGAGAUUCGACUAGUCAUUCUAAACAUGCUAACUGCAUUUGAUGCAUAGCAAAAAAUAGUGUAAUUCGUUGUCUAGCUUGUCUUCUCUCAAAUUUUCAUGUGAAGUUGUGUCAUAUUAGCUUGGAGAAGACUAUUUGUUUUUUUCCUAUGCGCAAGUAAGAUACCUCUAUUCACGUUGUUGAUCUUCACCAGAAAUAAGUUCAUUCGACCAAAGCGGUUCCUUGAAACAGCAGCGAUACACACUAACCAGCUUAAAGAUUCAUCAUGUCGGAAUGUGUUGUUACUGCAUAACUGGCAUGCGUACUGUAGUGUAACUAUGUAUGGGUCACUGCAUGAACAAGUCAGAUAAGGCCUUACUUGACCUUUGAGAUUUGACUUACUGUGCCUGUUUUGAGAUUAAAGCCUGCCUUAAUUAUCAAAAAAUAUUCCUUGAGUAGUUGCCUUGGAUUUGGCUAUUGGUUUUCUUAGAGUCAUGUACAUUUGUAUGCUGCAGGCUCAGUCGCUAACUCUGAUUAGGGGUGAUCUUCUUCUUGUAAACCACUUUCGUUUGUUCCUUUUACUACUAUAACUAAAGAUAUAAAUUGUUUUUCCAACAUGAAAUGUGCAAUACAGGGUGUCCCAUAAAACUCCAAGGGAAAAGUAAUUCAUCAUUGUUCGCGAUUGCUUGGUAUUAAGUGUAUUGUUCUAAGAAUCUGAUGACAAAUUGUGUACUGAAUUAUGUUUUUCAAUAACUUAUAGCCCUCUUCUUAUCAUCUGCAACCCUUGGUCUGUUUUCUGGGACACACAUUAGAAUCAUGAACUUAUGUAGAAUCUGAAUUGUCAAAGUAAUGAAUAUGUAAGUUUGUAUGUUUUUUUUCAUCAUACAAAUAAAGUUGCUUUAAUAAUAA